ACAAGAGAGAGCGAGCGAAGUUUGUGAACAGUGAUCAGAGUGUCCCAAACAAACCUCAACGUUCUACUCUGCUCAGCUGGAACUUUGCAAGUGGCGAUCACUCCCAAUCUCCAGCUACCAAUGUAUAGCAUGUUGGACCCCGAGAUGAAGUCCUCUGUGCAGCAAACCACUGCACAAAACGGGGCUAACGUAGCACCUGGAGGCAAUGGGAAAGGCGGAUCGGCCGUCUCGGAUCAGGAUCGUGUCAAGCGACCCAUGAACGCCUUCAUGGUAUGGUCCAGGGGACAGAGGAGGAAAAUGGCCCAAGAGAACCCCAAGAUGCACAAUUCCGAGAUCAGCAAGAGACUGGGUGCAGACUGGAAACUUCUCAGCGACUCUGAGAAAAGGCCCUAUAUCGACGAGGCUAAGAGGUUGAGGGCUGUCCACAUGAAGGACUACCCGGAUUACAAGUACAGACCAAGGAGGAAGACGAAGACCCUCCUGAAGAAAGACAAAUAUUCAUUACCUGGCAACCUUCUGGCUCCAGGAGUGAGCCCAGUGACAAGCUCAGUUGGCGUUGGCCAAAGACUGGACACUUAUUCCCACAUGAAUGGCUGGACCAAUGGGGCUUACUCGCUGAUGCAGGAUCAACUUGGAUACAGUCAACAUCCUGGAAUGAACAGCCAGAUGCAGCAGAUGCACAGGUAUGACAUGAGUAGUCUCCAGUACAACCCCAUGAUGUCUUCUGCCCAGACCUACAUGAAUGCAGCCUCUACCUACAGCAUGUCCCCAGCCUAUAACCAGCAGACCUCAACCGUCAUGAGCCUGGGAUCCAUGGGGUCGGUGGUAAAAUCUGAGCCCAGUUCACCCCCUCCUGCUAUUACCUCUCACACUCAAAGAGCCUGCUUAGGAGACCUGAGAGAUAUGAUCAGCAUGUACCUGCCUCCAGGUGGAGACGCUGGUGACCCAUCUCCUCUCCAAAGCAGUAGACUACAUGGUGUCCACCAACAUUAUCAAACACCUGGGACUGGAGUCAAUGGCACUGUACCACUGACUCACAUAUAACAAGACUUGAUUUCUUCUCAUUCUAGAACACUUAAGGACGCUUUGCUUGCCUGUCAAGCUUAUCAGAAUGCAUACACGAGGACAAGGAAUCAAAAGGGUUUUUUUUUUGUUUUUUUUUGUUAUAUAUUUUUAUUUUGUACAAAAGUUUUGAGCAAACUUCCUUUAUAUAGAGCACAAUGUUUUAUGUACUCUGGGGUUGUGUGGGGUGUUUUUUUUUUAAAACACGCUGACCUCUUAGAUGAACUUUCUUUUUAAUAAGGACAUUGUAUCUUCAGUUUUAGAAGUUUAAAAAGAAAUUGAGAGCAUUAAUCAUAUUCCAAUGUUUACAAGUUUUAUUGAAACUCAAGACUUUUUGGGGGGGGUAUUUCUCCAAAACUAGGUUUUAUCAUUAACUUUUAGACUUUACAUUUUACAAAGAGCUGUGCGGGUCGCAAACGCAAGAAUUAUUUUUUUUUUUAAUUUUCUUUUAUUUAUAGGAUUUUUUUUUUCACCUGUAAAUUCCUGUAUAUUGAGUUUUUGUUCAUGAAACUUUACUGUGAAUUGUUUAACAUAUCAGUGAAAUUUUAUUAGGAUUUAUUUUUGAGUUUAUAUAUUUUU